AUGACUCCUCCUCUCCUUACCACAAUGAACUCAUCUGUGGUGAAAGCCAAGAGACAGUUGGCUAAGCCAGUGCAUCGUGUGGGUCCCAACUUGUGGUUAACCUUCUUCUGCUCUCCACAGAUCUUGGCCUCCUUGUUGGCAGCUGCUGUAGACGCCGAGCUUCAGGGCUACAGUCCACCCACUCACUCAAGCCAAGGUUUUAUUUCUGGGGGCUCUGGGAUCUCUGGCGGCUCUGGGUUCUCUGGCGGCUCUGGGUUCUCUGGCGGUUCUGGGAUCUCGGGCGGCUCUGGGAUCUCUGGCGGCUCUGGGUUCUCUGGCGGCUCUGGGUACGCUGGAGGAUCUAGGUUCUCUGGCGGCUCUGGGAUCUCUGGCGGCUCUGGGUUCUCUGGCGGCUCUGGGUUCUCUGGCGGCUCUGGGUAUGCUGGAGGAUCUGGGUUCUCUGGCGGCUCUGGGAUCUCUGGCGGCUCUGGGAUCUCUGGCGGCUCUGGGAUCUCUGGCGGCUCUGGGAUCUCUGGCGGCUCUGGGUAUGCUGGAGGAUCUGGGUUCUCUGGCGGCUCUGGGAUCUUGGGCGGCUCCGGGAUCUCUGGCGGCUCUGGGCUCUCUAGUGGCUCUGGGUACGCUGGAGGAUCUGGGAUCUCUGGCGGCUCUGGGUAUGCUGGAGGAUCUGGGUUCUCUGGCGGCUCUGGGAUCUUGGGCGGCUCUGGGCUCUCUGGUGGCUCUGGGUACGCUGGAGGAUCUGGGUUCUCUGGAAGCUCCGGGUUCUCUGGCGGCUCCGGAUUCUCCACUAGUGGCUCCGGAUUUACUGGGGGCUCCGGGUUCUCUGGAAGCUCUGGGCUCGUCUCCGGAAGUUCUGGGUUUAUCUCUGGUGGCUCUGGGUUCUCAGGCAGCUGUGGUGGAGGACAGGUUCGCCAUGUGGAUGGCAGCUGUGUUACUCCAAUAAUCACUAAAAGUCUCUAUGUGUUCACAGCCCCUAAAAUUCACAGACCAGUCGGUCCACGACCAAAUAUUCCACCACCAAGAGUGGAACACAACAUUAUAUUCAUCCGAACUCCUGAGGGAGGAUUUGGGGUGGAACCCAUCGUUGUUCCUCCACCACAGCAGAAGAACAUCGUCUACGUGCUCAACAAGCGCACUCAUCAAGGUCAACAAGUCGUCCACAUCCCAGCUGCUGAACAACAAACUCCUCAAGUGUAUUUUGUCAACUAUGCCGAUGGUGACAACCCGACUUUGCCCACAGGAGAGGACCUCCAGUCUGCCCUCAACUCCGCCUCUCAUGGUAGCGGGGACGUCAUCGGCAGUGGUGUUGGUGGGUUUGUGAGCAGUGCCGGUGUUGGAGGUGGCAGUUCCUUUGCGAGUGACAGUGGCGCAAUUGGAGGCGGCAGUUCGGUAGUGAGUGGCGGUGGCGCAGUUGGAGGUGGAGGUACUUUUGUGAGCGGCGGUGGCGGUGUAGGUGUCACCACGCCGUCUGGUCUAUACGGAACUCCCUAAGUAGCAGCAACUUGGAAGUUGACGAGUCUUUACUUCCAUCAUCAGUUUUUUGUUUAUCUUUUGUUACAAAAAUGUAUGUAUUUCCAAUGUAAGACAACAGAUAUAUUUGGAAACUGUUAAUAAAUAUAACAUAUA